CAACUCUGACACUCUAAAUUUGUACAAAUAAUUUUUGAAAAUAUUUAUUUGCAGGGAAGGAUGUUAGGCAGAUUUUCCUAUUUUAAAGUCUGAAAUUCACGAUCCACCCGAAAAACCAAACCCGAGCCGGUUCUGAUGACCUGAAAGUUGAAACCCCCAAGAGAACUAGUGGAGAGUCGUUGUGACUAGUGAACCUAUUCAAGCCCUCGAAAAGGAUCUCCCACGUCAAAGAGCGAACCCUCGAAGAUCUCAGCAUUGAUGAAUAACAUAUUCCUUUCAAUUUUCACUCCGCAUAUUUCCGCUCGAGGAAGACCGACACCGAUAUUACAUUAGCGCAUCGAGAGCUCCCGUAUCGGCAAAAUGGCUGGGAGAGUGGAAUCUGCCCCAUUUGAUUGGAUGGAAGAGAAUAGCGUGCAUCAAUAUGAGACUCCUGUAAGAACUAAACGGAAGGUAAGAUCGAAGAAAAAGGAGUUUCUUGGUUGGGGAUCGAGACAGCUCAUCGAGUUCCUUGAAUCGAUAGGAAAAGAUACGAGUGAGCAUAUCUCUCAAUAUGAUGCUGCCGCCAUUAUAAAUGACUAUGUUAAUAACAACCACCUUCUUCACCCCACAAAAAAGAAGAGAAUUCUUUGUGAUGAGAGGCUCCAUUCAAUUUUUGGAAGGAAAACAGUAAGCCGAAUCAAAAUCCACGACUUGCUCGAACCACAUUUUGCCGAAAACCUAGAGGAAUCGGAUGAAGUUUUUUCAUACAGCUCUGAUGAGAGGGAGAACGUUUUGGAGACGUACGAACGGGAUAAUAUCUCGAGUAUGGAAAGAGCAGCCCACCAAAAGAAAAAAGUUUCCGUAACUCCGACAAGUUGUUUUGCUGCCUUAAAUCUUCACAACAUUAAGCUUGUCUACUUGAGAAAAAGUCUAGUUGAAGAUCUUCUCAAGGACCCUGAAACCUUUGAAGAUAAACUAGUAGGAAGCUUCGUCAGGAUCAAAUCUGACCCUAAUGAUUACCUUCAGAAAAACUCUCACCAGCUUGUCCAAGUCACAGGUAUAAAGAAGGCAUUUGGAAUCGGUAGUACAAGUAUGGAAGUCCUCCUUCAAGUUUCCGGUGUGGUAAAAGACAUCUGUGUUGGCAUGCUUUCGGAUGAUAACUUUUCUGGUUUGCAGGAAGAAUGCAAGGAUUUGAAUCAGAGAGUAAAGGAUGGCUUGCUCAAAAGGCCAACUGUUGUGGAGCUUCAACACAAGGCGCAAAUAUUGCACGAGGAUAUUACAAAGCAUUGGCUUGCAAGAGAAAUUCCUUUAUUACAAAACCUCAUUGAUCGAGCCAAUGAGAAAGGAUGGCGUAGAGAGCUUGAUCAGUACCUGGAGAAAAAGCAGCUGCUUGAGACACCAGAUGAACAGUCACGGCUGUUGCAUGAGGUUCCAAAAGUAAAUGCAGAUGAAGUAGAACCGGAAGCUACACCGAAAGAUAUUCUAGAUAACGUGGAACAAGGAAACAAUGGUUCACCUAGGUCAAUCCUCAAUGGAGCUUCAGAAGUUCCGUUUCGCAUUAUAGCGGCAAAUGGUGCUGCAUCAACCUGGACAUGUCAGAGCACUGAUUUUGCAGAGUUUCAAAAUGAUGUUAUUGAAGAACAGCCGAAGCAACCAUCCGGCUACAUAGACAAAAGUAAUGGUGAGACACAGCUUGCAAAUAUAGAGAGGAAUAACCAAGUGAUUGAUCUGAGUGAUGAUGAGGAGAAGGAAGAACCAAGUGUUGGCAAGCGAAUUCCUGAUGACCAGUUGGGAAGCUUGCUAUGGCAUUAUUUAGAUCCCCAAGGAGAAAUACAGGGCCCUUUUUCUUUAACAUCCCUUAAACGUUGGAGUGACGCUUAUUACUUUCCUCCGGAUUUCAAGGUCUGGAAGACGGGUCAAAACCAAGAUGAAGCUGUUCUAUUGAAAAAUAUUCUACACUAGGUUUUUGCUCAAUUGAUUGUACUAGACUAGAUUUGUUGCUUAUAGUAGGGCGUAAUCUAUAAAUAGCAAUUGCUUGGUAUGUGAAUGAUACGAGGUUUCUGUGGAAGAACUAGCAAUUGUACCAUGAUAAUAUUCACUAUCGGGGGGUACAUCUGAUUAACUUUUAGUUGAAUAGCGCAAGAGAGAAUGAGAGAAAAGGCUGCUUGUAAGGAGAACUAAAAGAUUUUAGUCACGUUGUGAAUGUGGAUCACUACAAUUUGGGCUUCCAAGUCAAUGGGCAGGGUUGAUUCUCAAGAGGCCUCUGUCCUUGAACUCAUUUAUCUUAAUGGUAUAGUUUCUUUUUAGCA